AUGCGUUCGGACCGCGGGAAGUUGCGAGGCCCGCAGCUGAACUUUGUUGAACGCGGCAUGGAAACAAGAUAUUGUUGUUACAAAGGCACUGCAAUUUCGCUCUGUGACCCGACCAACGGUAUUCGCACGCUGAUUGAGCGCUCGGACAAAAUUCCUAAGGGGGUCGUGGAGGAGAUUGCGUGUUUUUGGUACAACAACAGUGUACUCAGUCCACUCGCGAGGGGCAGUGUAAAGAUUCCGGGUAUUGUUGCCUUGUACUUUCCACGGAGGAUAGUCCAAAAAACGUAUCGUCAGCUGUACUUGGAUUUCCUGCAUCAGCACAGCACCGCCUUCCACGUGUCGUUUGGCUUCUUCGCGGGAGCAAAGCCUGGGCUGAUUGAGCGCUCGGACAAAAUUCCUAAGGGGGUCGUGGAGGAGAUUGCGUGUUUUUGGUACAACAACAGUGUACUCAGUCCACUCGCGAGGGGCAGUGUAAAGAUUCCGGGUAUUGUUGCCUUGUACUUUCCACGGAGGAUAGUCCAAAAAACGUAUCGUCAGCUGUACUUGGAUUUCCUGCAUCAGCACAGCACCGCCUUCCACGUGUCGUUUGGCUUCUUCGUGGGAGCAAAGCCUGGAACCCCCGAUAAGUUGCAAGUCCCCUCACAAACUCAGAGCCACGCGCAGAUUGGGCCUGCCGCUCGUAUGGGUAGUUUUACAGAUGAUGUACGGUGCUGGGUUUCUGUUCAGCAUUUGCUAACAGCAGUAAGUUUUUUGAUAUACGGUUAUAUGGUGAUGAUCGUGAGCACGUCCCCCAAGACGUUUUGUGGGGGGUGUCAUGGGUAUAAGGAGCAGGUCGAACGUGAGGGGCCCUACUCGCGCUCUGGCACGCGGCUGCACACGCACACGCACACGCACGUGCGAAUACCGUUGGUCGGGUCACAGAGCGAAAUUGCAGUGCCUUUGUAA